AUGCUUUUGAAGCCUUCCCAAGACCUCCUCAUUUCUGGCAAAUACCUUCGAAACACGCCUAUCAACACCGGACUCCAAGCAAUCAACGAAAAUGAAACUCAGAAUCUCGAAAGUUCCUCUUCUUCUGAGGACGAGUCUUCCACCACAUCCGUCCUUUCUAGCGACUCUGAGCAAGAGAUGACUAUCAACAGCGAGAUCAUGGAAUUACCAUCAGAAUUGAAAGAGCUUUUCAAGAGAUUUUGCGUCUCGGAGAAGGUUGGUUUCUUGAUUGAAAACCCUGUGCGGAAGCUUCCCGAGCAAUUUGGCCAGUGGGAAGAACUGGCGAAAAACGUCGUUGAUCUUCUGGAACAAAAUGUUUUCAGAAAAACGAUCGAAGAAGAUCUUCAAAUCAUCGACGAUUCGAUCCUCCAAUCCCGCGAAGAAAUGUUCCAUGCGGCGGCCAUUCUCACUCAUCUCGGAGCCGCUUACGUCAACGAUCAAAAUUACGCUGGACCUGCCCAAGUUCUUCCAGCGCAAAUCGCCGUCCCCUGGUUCAAUAUCUGCUCGCGACUGAAGAUCCAUCCCACUUUGACCGACUACAUCGCUGCCAAUUGCAACUGGGACUUGCACGAUUCUUCGAAGCCGGCGGAGCUGGACAACUUGAAAGCAAUAACGAGCUUGACCCGAAAUCGCGCGUACGAGUGGUUCAUGAUGAUCCCAGUUCGGAUGGAGAUGCAAUACGCCCCAGUUUUGAGCAGUUUGAUGGCUAUUCGGCAGAUUUUACAACUAAGUGAGACAGAAAGAGAUGAAGACAGCAUUGUCAAACACUUCAAGAGGGCUGAAAACGGACUCCGAGAAAUGACAAAAACGCUGCUCCGAAUGAGGGAUCACCUUGACCCCCUUGAGUUUUACCACGGAAUGCGUCCUUACUUAGCUGGAAGUUACAACAACCCAGGUCUUCCAAAUGGUCUAAUCUUCGAGGGCGUCUCCGAAGAAGGCAAGCGUUUCAUCGGCGGCUCAGCGGCUCAAACUGCCAUCACGCCCUCCAUGGAUGCCAUGAUUCCCGUCAAGCAUCAUCAAGCCGUGGUCGACUACAACAUGAAGUUACGUCAUUACAUUCCCACGGAGCAUCGCGAGUUUUUGGAAUAUCUCGACAAAGGCCCGACACUGACUGACAUGAUUUCUGAAAUGGAAAACGAGGCAAUUUACGAAGCUUUCAACAACUUCAUCGAGGCAUACGUCCAUCUUCGUUCCAGCCACAUCACGAUUGUCACCAGUUUUAUCGUUUUACCAGCGAGUAGCAAAAAAGAAGACUUCUUGAAAACCCAAGCAAAGUCAAAAAGAAACGAUCAGUCAGAGCAAUUCGUCGACGAUGACCCAGAAGGAGAGAAAAAUAAAGAAAAAGAAGAGGAAGUUCCAGAAGAAAUCCGAAGAAUGCAGCGUAGAAAAUACAGCCGAAGCCAUAGUUUAUCAGAAGUCGGGACCGGAGGAACUCCAUUUAUGGUCUAUUUGAAAUCGAUUCGCGAUGCAACAUACGCCGCAAAAUUAUAUGAUUCUCGCUCUGGCUUAGAUAGCCCUUAUCGUUACGACUGCAACGAAGUUUCCUGUACUCAGCUUGAUGAGUAUGUCUGGAGAGAUAACAACGACUACAGAUAUGAAAUUGUCGCGGAAUAUGACUUCAAUGAAAACCCUGACUUUGUCGACGGAGUCAAAACCUUUGUCAUCAACAUGACUUCGCAGCACUGGCUGACAACCGAGCACGUGACCCGAACUGAGUGGUACCAUGAGCUUGUCGUCUCCCUUCCAUACAACUUGGACCGAAGAGUCGCCAACUGGGGAUUGAUGCUGAUCGACGGCGGAUCAAACCGAAUCGACAAUGUUUUGAAAAAUGAUUCCGCCCCCGUUGUUGGAACACGAGCAGCAUCAAUGCAUACGGGAACCAUUACAGCUUGCCUGAGACAAGUUCCAAACCAACCGCUUUAUUUUGAAAACGAUCCAAGGAUGGGCGAAAGUGGCCGUAAAGAAGACGAUAUCAUCGCAUGGACAUGGCGGCAUUUCUUGGAACACCCGGACGAGUCUGACUGGGUUUUACGUCUCCCAAUGACCAAGGCAGGCAGAUUAGCGCUGGAUACAAUCGACGAUGUUUUCCAAAAAAACAAGGAAUCAAUGAAUCUCGGCGAUGUCCAAAAACCAGUCGAUAGUUUCCUCGUUACCGGCGCUUCAAAACGGGGUUGGACGACUUGGACUCUUUCCGUCGUGGACAAAAGAGUGAAAGCGCAGAUUCCAAUGGUCCUUGACUGCUUGAACAUGGAAGAGAUCUUCCUCGAAUGGUAUCGAAACAUGGGCGCUUGGAGCUUUGCCCUGGCACCCUACUGGGAUGAAGGAUUGACGGCGUAUUUUGACAGGCCGGAAUUCAAGCUGCUUGCGGAUAUUAUCGAUCCUUACAAAUACAGAGAUCGAAUGACCAUGCCAAAAUACGUCAUGAGCGCCACUGGAGACGAGUUUUUCUCCCCAGAUGAUAGCUACUUCUGGUUCGACGACAUGAAAGGACCUACUUACCUCGGGCUCUUGCCAAAUGCCGAGCAUGGAAUGAUUCCAAUCGCUGGCCUUUCUCCCGCGACUGUUCCCGGCAGAAUUCUUAGCUUUUACAAGGCUGUUGCUCAUGACUACGAGUUGCCUACGAUGGAUUUUGUCCGACAGGUUGAUGAGAAUGGAGUUGCUUCGAUAACGCUAAAGACAAGCAAGACCCCUGUCCGAGUAAAUGCCUGGUGGGCAGAUACCCUUAAUUCAACAAGACGUGAUUUCCGAUGGGCCCGAGUCAAGCAAGACCGAGUCGACUGGCCAACCAACUCUGCUGACGAUUCAAAGACUCUCGCACGAACCGAGCAAAUUCCGGAGCUGGCGAAUCUUUUCGCAAAGAUGAGUGAUAAUUUUGAGAUGACAGAUGUGGACGAUGUUGUGGAGCCGUAUCGAGUUUCAAAGGAAGAUAUUGAAUUUCAGCCAAUUGUGUGGCAUCGUGCCAUGGUUCAACCUGUUUUGUCCGAGACAAACAUUUACUAUUACGAGAUUCAGCAACCAGCUGAUGGUUUCCGCGCAGUCAUGAUCGAAGCCGCUUUCCAAGGCAACGACAAUCGCGGCGUUCUCACUUUCUCGACAGAAGUAAUGAUCACCCCCGAUAUGCGACCAUUUGAUGUUUGCCAGGGAGAAGAGUGCUACGGAUAUCUUGUCUGA